UGUGCCAUUCGAGACGCUACGCGUCGGGCCUCAGGGGUGCGGGCCGCGUCGCCGCCGCUUCUUCUCGCGCCGACGCCUCGCCAUGUCUGUGAGAGGAGCGCAGAUCUCACGCAUGCUGUGACCCACAGCGGUGCAUCGACGUCGUCUGCCUUCGUUCUCGAUGGCACUUGACAGCUCAACAUCUCCUGAUCGUGGCCUCCUGGGCCGUCCGUCUCGGCGAGGUACCCAUGGACCCGUGACACUAAUGAUUGACGAGCGGGAGUGGAGGUCUCGACGUCCGCCGCUAUCCCAGGCUUGUCAUGGCCAAUCUCCGGGCCCGGGCCUGCUCGGCUGUGGGUGAUGAGGCUCCGCCUCCGUCUCCUCCUCUCUCACCAUCACCCAGCUCACGCACCUACGCGAUGACGCCUCACGGCAUCUCCGAGUUCGUGCCGCUGCACGCUGCUGAGCCCGAGCGUACUUCACGUCUACGCCGCGCGGCUCACCAGCUGAGCGUCUACUCGACGCCCGUCGGCGCAUUCAGCGACUGCACGCCCAGCGGCAAGUGGAGUCCGCUGCACGAGCAUCUCGCCGCUAUCCUCCCGCCACCUCGUCCGCAGACCGGCACGGCAGCUGCCGUUGCCGACGCGCAAGCCAAGGCCGCCAGACUCGCACUCGAGAAGGCGCGACUGGAGGAGGAAGAAAAGAGAGAGGAAGCGGAGGUCGAGCAGCUGCUUCGUCGUUCGAGCAUCGACGAGGACGAGCUGCUCUGCGGCACUGCCGAGCCACCUGUCAAGAUCGAGACGACGAGCAUGGAAACGCCGCGCACGCCCGUCAAGACGCGCCCGCGUCCUCGUCCGCGCGCCUCGCCGUACCUGCUGAGCCGCAUCGUGCCGGUCUCGUCCGAGGUGCGCACGGACAUGGCGCAUCUCACCGUCAUGCCUGACCAGUCACUCCACCUGCAGCGCAGCAAGUGA